AUGUUCACCAAGCUGAUCUGCAUCGCCGCUCUGGCCAUCUCGUGCGCCUCGGCCAAGCCAGGACUCGUCGCCCCCGUGGCGUACGCCGCCGGACCCGCCGUCGUGACCGCUCAGAGCUCGCAGGUUGUCGCCCGGAACUACAACGGAAUCGCACCGCUUGCCUACACCGCCGCUCCCGCCCUCGCCUACGCUGCGCCGGCCGUGGCCAAGGUUGCUGCCCCGCUCGCCUACGCCGCUGCUCCGGCCCCUCUGGCUUACGCCGCUGCUCCGGCUCCUCUGGCCUACGCCGGUGCCCCGGCUCCUCUGGCGGCUGCCUAUGCUGCUCCGUUCGCCGCUCCCUAUGCCGCGCCUUAUGCGGCCGGAUUUGCGUCCCCCUAUGCCGCCGCCUAUGCUGCCCCGUACGCCAAGGCUUUCGCUAGCCCUCUCCUCGCCCGCUCCCCGUACCAGCUGUGGUAG